AUGUCUUUUACAUUUGGCGCACCAUCAACUUCAGGCUUUGGCGGCUUUGGAACAACAACAGCAAACACUACUCCUACUAGCGGCGCAGCACCUGCAACCUCUUCAUCAGGAUUUACAUUUAACAACACGGGUGGAUUUGGAACCAAUACUUCCACCAGUGGCUUUACAUUAGGUACAUCAGCACCUACCUCAACUGCACCUACCACUGGGUUUAGUUUUACCAACAGCAACAACACACAACAGUCUACGAAUACCUUUGGCGCACCAGCAUCAACCGCAGGCUUCUCAUUUGGCACACCGGCAUCAACCACUGGCUUCGGCUUUGGUCAACAACAACAACAACAACAACAACAAAAUAAACCUUCCCUCUUUGGAGGAUCAGGCUUUGGAUCAACAGGACUUGGAUCAUCCAUUCAAACGCUCGGUGGUGACAACAAGUUUGGAUCGACAUUUGGCAUCAACUCGGCUGAACAACAGAAAAAACAAAGAGACCAACAAAUCUACAAACUUUUGUGCGAUCUUAAUCAAGAAGCAGAUACUGCAACGACAGGGCGUAAAGGAUAUGAAGCCAAGAACGUUUGGCAAGCACUGGCUUUACUCAAAUCGUACUAUGACCCCAAGUCGCCUUAUUGUCGUUUCAGGCAUUAUUUCUAUAACGUCGUCAAUCCUCAGGAAGUUCAUCUCUAUCAAAAGCCUGCAGAUCAUGAUCCUGAAGAAUGGACAGCAGCACAAAAGGCAAAUCCGGAUCCCAAGACACUGGUACCUGCUCUGGCUAUUGGUUUUGACGAUGUACAGAAACGAUUGGACAUGCAGUCCAAGCUGAGUGAAGCACACAGCGAAAAAUUAAAAGAACUUGAACAAGUAUUGACCAAGAUUCAAACAUCUUGUCUGACAGCAACCAUUUCAAAGCUCGACGAAUGUAAACAAAGACACAUGGAAUUAGCUCAACGUCUUGUGAAGUUUUUGAAAUAUGCUCAAGUUUUACGCAAUAAGGGCUUGUCUAUCACACCAGAUGAAGAAGCGAUGCGUACUCGCCUAGAGAAUAUUCAAGAACAGCUACAGAAAUCAGAGCUGUUCCGAGGCAAAUUGAAUCAGUUAUGGGCUCAACUGCAAUUGAUCAAAGAAUCAGGGCGAAAAUAUGGCAAGAUAGAUGGUGUUGAGGAAUGGCAUGCGGUGUCAGAACAGCACAUGGAUGAGAUAACAAAGAACCUAAAUGAACAAAACAAGGGUAUACAACAUGUCAUCGAUAUCCUUCAUACAGACACGACAGACAUUGAAAUGCUAAGAAAAUAA